UUUUUUUUUUUUUCUUUGAUAGAAAAUUAUUCGAUGAGAGUAUCGAUGACUAUUUCACAAACGCGUCAGGUGAUAUGGAUUUGAAAUUUUGCAACGUCUUCGUCGAUCGUCAAACGCGAAAAACCACAAUCUCGAAGCUACAUCGCACUGCAGCUACGGUAGCUAUCGUAUAACAGCAGUUUCUCGGUGUCGACGUCCUCCCCUACCAUAAAAAUCAAGCGCGCUGCUCUCGCGCGAAACUAGGCCGAAAGUGCGGGAAAGUACAUUCACACACAGCGAGAGCAGCUCGAGUAUAACGAGCCGCGAGCGCAGCGCUGCUGUCGUCCACUUCUGCUAUAUACCUAUAUACACGCGAUAUUAUAUCCUCGGAACACAACGCCGAAGGGAAAAAUAUCAAAGUGCUUUCACUGGGUCGACGACUCCCGCGCAAUGCAUAAUUGCAGCUGCUCUUUUUUUCUCUCUAGCCGUGUUUAUACUUCGAACGGUCUUACCGAGCGGCGCGAGAGACAAAGAGAUUUCAGGAUCGAUCGGACGAAGGAGUUGAAAAAGUUAUAAAUGCAAUUAUAUCGGUAUCGGCGCCGGAGUAUUAUAAAUCGAACGGCUGAGACCAUAUCUCUCGGUGCGGCUAAUAGAGUCCAUUACUCGAUCGGCUGCCUGCAACUGUAUGCAUCAGGGCUGUGUAUAAUGCAAGUCGAUGAAAUAAACACAGGUUCCUUGAUAAACAUCCGUCGCCGUCGGAGUAGUUGCCUUGUAUAACUACAGGGCGUAGCGCGGGUCAUUUGUAUACGCCGAACUACUCGAUCGAGAGAGACGCACUUAUAAUACCCAUACACGUAACAGCGUCGGCCGUAUAACUUGUGCAUAAUCGUUUAUUGACCCUUCGGGGCAUCGGCUGUAUACUCUUAUCAUUUCCAGGUCAGUACGCGCAAGAUUUUUUUUCGUUUCGAGAAAAAUCACGCAGUCGAGCGAUUUUCGCAACGACCAAAAUGGUUAACGCUCCGAUCUCACCUUUUCAGCCCAGGCACGUAUAGGCGUUAGUUCGUUGCGCGCACAGACAUCACUUUCGCAAGUGUCUCUCUACACAAUCCAGACAGGCCCGAGCGCGCGUGCGGAGUAAAAGACAUAUACUGCUGCUGCUGCGACGGCCCACGUGGUUCGCGCGCGCGAGAUAAAUCGCGCCGAAGGGUACAACGAACUUUCGUAAGCUAAUUGCCCGUUUUGCACGGCGCCGCGUAAUUCGAGCGUGUGUAUGCGUCUACCUAUAUACGAGAGCGCGGCUGUCGAUCGUUGAGAUGCUGUCGCAAUUGCAGCUCUGUGGGUAUACGCGCGCCGAUGCAGGAUUUGUUGCGUUUUCUCGGAGAGGAGGCUGGGAUAUUUGAUUUGGUGGAUUUGCGAUUGGCGAAUGAAAAGAGCCUCGGGCUCUAUUAGGCGGUUUGGAAACAGUAGUGCUUCUAUGUGCGGGAUUGCGAAGAAUUUUGCAAAAUUUUUCAAUAUUCCGCCGAGCAGAAAGAAGCUUAUACAACGUAAGCUUCGAGAGUCGUCGAUUAUAGGAGAAAUUCGAAAACAAAAUCGUAAACUCGAAUUUCCACUCGAUAAAGCAGCCACUCAUCCUCUACCGCAAUUCGCGAAAAUUCACUUCCUGCAACAGUGCACAAAAUCGCAGCAACGAAUGUAACGCGAAAUAUCCCGUCGGAAUUUCGUUGGCUAAUAAGCCAUAGCGUAAAUCCGCGAAAACGACGCGGAAAUAAAUUAUCGAUAUUGGCGGGUCACCUCGGGAGAAGUUAAUGAACGGUGACGAAUGGAAAGUGCAGCAUAUGCUAUAUUUAUACCCGCGUGUACAGCUAGUAACCGCGACGUCGCCGUCGAAACUGCGCUGUAUAUAAUUAGCGUGAAAAUCGCAUCGAGAUGGGGUGGCUCACGUGUUCACGCGAAAUUUUCCUUGUAUCGCGUGCAGCGGCUAAGAGUAAUUUAUGCAAACGACGUGCGGGUCAGGAUGUUUAGAUGCGUGAUAUAAGCGUUGAGUGCUGGUUCGAUGUGUGAGUUAGAUAAGGAUUUGUUUGUUAUUUAUUGAUGAAUGGUACUUGGUUUUGUGCAGGAGGUCAGUGGCUCUUUUUAAAUUUAUCUAUAGAUUCUAUAGCAGCGGAUUCAUUUAUAAACGAUGUCUAAAGAUAAGGACCGAGAUUAUUGACAAAAUUAAAUCGUCCCUCAAACGUAGCAACUAUUAUUUACUGUCGUACGAUAACUAAGCAAGCUCUAUUUUAUAAACCGAAUAAUAAAAAAGACCAACGGUAUAAAUCAUAAACUCCCAUAUCUCACCAACGCAAAAGGCCUACACUACAGCACCCUUUCGGCAAUUCGCCGCGUGCGACAAAAAUGAAAAUUCUCAUAUAUUUCCCUGUUACCCACAAUUAUCCACGCGCAGCCACAGCCUAUACACGUAUACACACAGCUCCAUUGAUAAAUUACCCUCGAUAUUAGCUCGGACAGAAUCGGGUUGGCGAUCUAUUGCGCCAGGCAAAUUAAGAAAUACAGCAGCGCGCAAAUAUCGGACACAAUGACACACCGCGAGCGAGCGAGAGUCAAAUGCGUUUUCCGUGUAGCAGCGCAGGUUAAACGGCCGAUUGUGCGUAGGACUCGGUGCCUUUUUUCCUCUCCUCGCCUCGACCCGACGCACGCAGGAGACAUAAUACACACGACCCACACCGAGUCUGCCGCCAUCGCCGCUGCAGUGCAUUUUUCAGGGCCGGCGCGAAUUCCUUGCGCAACGCCGCCUGGAAUUGCCUUUGUCUGUGCGGCGAGCGGCGUUAUAACCGAAUAGGCGCGAGUAUACAGCGCGAAAUCCGCAACGGAUUUUUGACUUGGAAUCGAAAUUCGAAAACGUUACGCAAUCGAAAAGUCGCGCACCGAAGCUUCUCUCGCGGGUAAUCAACGCCGCAGCGAUUGGGAAAACUCCGGUUUCGAAUAGCUGCAGCACAGCGAAUAACCUGGAAGCUCCGAUCGGGUUGGUUGCCGCAGCAACACGCAGUGGCUCUCUGCGCGCGGGUGGCACAGAUUCAUCGGGGCCGUCGAGGACGAGCCGAUUUCGCGCGGUGCCGCAAGAGCUGCGAAAAAUCCCAAGAGCGCGCGUCUUAAUUACCAGCCGCGUGGCGACGACGAUUUCUAUGCGUAAAUAAACUAAUUGAACAGUCUUGUUAGUCCGAACGCGCGUUUUCGUAAGCGCCGCAGCUCUGCGUUGCCACAUAAGCUUUUACGCAAAUGGAUUUUGAUCGAGCGGUGAUUUUUCUCUUCUCUGCCUGCACUUUUCUACCUGGAAAAUAGUUUUUCCGUUAAAUAUACCCAUCUCUCGCUGCGAGACGAGGAGCGAGAAAAAAGCGUCUGCACGUUGACAGCGGUACGCGGCGUCGCAGCACGAGACGCUCACUUUGUGCGUGUCUGGAGGGCUAUGCGCUGUACUCACAGCCGAAAAUCCUGAAAGAAAAAGUCAUCGGACUUGUUCAUCGCUACUACCGUAUACGCGUCUGUUUUGAUUUACGACGAGCGCUCUCUACUCGGCCGGGAAAUUUAUGAGCUCGACCAGGCCGCACACAACGAGUGUCCAAACCGCAGCCGUAAAGUUUGCCCGCAAACCCGUAACUGCACGCUUUGUGAGCGGCCGGCACUAUACCUGCCGUUUCCCCGAAUAUCGCAUCAGGGUAACGCUGCAGCUUUGUAGCUCGAGAGACGCUCGCUGUUCUCAUGCCAAAGGCGAGCUUCGUCUUGGAAUAUAAUAUAUUUAUUAACAUUCAUUAGUGCAAGUAAUGAUGGGCUUGUAAAUUAUUCAGGCUGCCACUGUGGGCGCAGAUACUUAGCCCGAAUUUAUUUAUUUUUGUUUCGUGGUCGCAGAUGAUGAGUAGUACGCGGACUUGGGCUUUGGGCUAGUUGCGGAUUUGGAAAAUUUUCGCCGAGAUGCGUACAUUGCGAGAAGAGAAAGUUGGAUGUGCGUAUGACUUUCAGAAGUUGGGAAGCUACUUUGGACGAAUCAAUAAAAAAAAAUAAAGGUUGUUGGAAAAGUGAGGCAUCAUCGUUCAAGGAUAAAAGCGGCCAUUAGCGCGUUGGAAAAAAAAACAGUAACGAAUUAACAAAAUUGAGUAAGAGCUCAUUGGCGUCCGUUAAUCCGUGACGGCCCGAGGCAGCCUCGUGAGGCAUCGAUAAAACGCAGAUAAAAUCCGUGUCUGAUUCGAAGCUUCUCGUGUUUAUUUUUCGAUUGAAACGUCCUAUUACAUAAAGCUUUCUUGCACUUAACAAUAAACUUCGGAGCAGCCUUCACCAGAAGCUUGUUAUAUUAUUUUGACAAGUGUUCGUUGUAUAACAACAGCUGGCGACCCAACGCUGUUCUCUCUCAAACAGGCCUUCGCUAUUACUCAAACAAAUAAAAAAAUUACUUCGCAAACCUGCAGCCCCUUGAAACUUCAUCGCAUACGCGCGCUGUAUGAUGUGGCAAUGCAACGUGCGCGCGACUUUUCGAGAUUGCUGCCACGGGUGUCCCGCAGUGUCGUAUCUAGCGAUCGCCGACGCGUUAAAGCUUCUUUCGAUGAAUGGUCGCUUGAUUACAGACUCCUCGAAAUUUGUUUUUCCACGUCGAUUUUUCGAUUUUUACAACGAGUUCAUCGCUACGAUAACGAGCGUAAAUCAACGUUCCCCUGAAAACGCGCACGCGAAGAGAAGAGAGUAUGCAGCAUAGCUUAGUACAGAGUAGAUCUAGAGCUUGCAAGCUCGAGAGGGGCUAUGUCCGUCAGGCAUUAAAUUUAACUCCUGCGCGGGCCAGCGGCCGCUCUGGAUUUCGAGGCUAUCGCGUUCUCUCUCUCUAGCCACCGAGAGAGUCGCUCCGCAUUCCUCCUAUGAAUCUUCUUCGCAUCAGCGGCUAUUGUGUGGAUAUCCGCUUGGUCCUUGAUCCUAAUGAGCUGCGCGCUUAUCGAUUCCUGCAGCGCACAGCUGUGAUUUAGGGAAAAUCCAAACCGAGUUUCCGAGAAUAACGGCAAAGCUCGUAUCUUAUCGCCUCUGAGAUUUCCCAGGAGAAACAAGAAACCGUAAUCAGUAGCUCUGCCUCAGUGCGAUGACACCAAAAAUCUCAACGGCCUAUAACACCAUAAGCACGUGGCCCAUCGAAGCUCCGAGCCUACAUAACACUGCAGCGAGAGAGCUGAGCAACAACAAGUGUGGAGAGCGAGUGCAGUGCGCGGACGUGCAUACUCUCGGUCCAUUCCUCUCCCUCCAACGCACACACACAUACACGUCCUCUCCUAUCUCUCACUCUCUCUCUCUCUCUCUCUCUCUCUCUCUCGCUCCCUCUCGUUCUUUACACAGCCCUGCUGAGCAGCGCGAGUGAGCUCUCUCUCUCUCUCUCUCUCUCUCUCUCACUCUCUUGGCUGGCGUUGCGCUUGCGCGCGAACUCGCGAUACGCCGACUCGGCGGCAAAGUCACUCGCGCAGCGCACCGCACGCCAUCAACACAACCACCAACUCGACGCUCGCUUGCUCGGCCACGCGGUCUCUCUCUCCCUCGCUCCUCCUCUCCACGGAUAUUCGAGGCGACACAAAAAAAAUACAUAUUUAUCAGAGAUCUCGCUUUAUCGUCGUCGUCGUUGUUGUCAUUGUUGUUGUGACGAGUCGUGAGUGACAGGACUCUCUAUCUCUCUCUCUCUCUCUCUCUCUCUCUCUCUCUCUCUCUCUCGAGUAAAGAUUGCGUGCGAAGCAUGAAGCUGUCAUCGUUCGCGGAGUGUUUCCCGGCCAGGACCAAAGAGUAGUGCCUUCGCUGAGGAACCACCGCAACACGAGCUUGCGACACUUGGACUGGAGAGCUUUCAGUAUUAGACGCGCGCCGGAAAGAAACUGUACAAGAGAACGAAUAGAAACAAAAAACGGAGAACGCAAAGGCAAGCAAAAGCUGAGAGGUGAACGCAUAUGAUAGACAGACGCGUGGACGACUGGUGCGGCGUGCAAGCGAUGACCGUGCAGGAGUACAAGGCGCGCGGCGCCGAGGACGGCGGCUGCUGUCGAGCCCAAGCCGUCGACAUCCUCAGCGUCCCGGAGCCCCUGGACAACGAGAAGGAGCACCAGCAGCCCGUGGUGCAACCCCAGCAGCAGCAGCAGCAGCAGCAGCAGCAGCAACAGCAGCAGAGCAACCUCUACAGGCCUCAGGACAGCGAGAACCUACUCGGCAGAGUCUUAGCCGAAUUCGACGGGACCACAGUUCUCUGCCGCGUCUGCGGCGACAAGGCCUCAGGUUUCCACUACGGCGUUCAUUCCUGCGAAGGAUGCAAGGGCUUCUUCAGGCGCAGCAUCCAGCAGAAAAUCCAGUACCGGCCCUGCACCAAGAACCAGCAGUGCAGCAUACUCAGAAUCAACAGGAACCGCUGCCAGUACUGCCGGCUCAAGAAGUGCAUCGCCGUCGGCAUGAGUCGUGAUGCGGUGCGAUUCGGCCGUGUGCCCAAGCGCGAGAAGGCCAGGAUUCUGGCGGCCAUGCAGCAGAGCUCGCACAGCCGAUCGCAAGAGAAGGCUGUGGCAGCCGAGCUCGAGGACGAGCAGCGUCUGCUCGCCACAGUUGUGCGCGCUCACUUGGACACGUGCGACUUCACCCGUGAUAAAGUCGCCCCGGUGCUCGCGCGCGCCCGUGAGACGCCCAACUACACGGCCUGCCCGCCAACUCUGGCGUGCCCGCUGAACCCCAACCCACAGCCUCUGACCGGCCAACAGGAGCUCCUCCAGGACUUCUCCAAGAGGUUCUCGCCGGCGAUCCGCGGCGUCGUUGAGUUCGCCAAGCGGAUCCCCGGCUUCAGCCUGCUGGCCCAGGAUGACCAAGUGACGCUCCUCAAGGCCGGAGUCUUCGAGGUUCUCCUCGUGCGACUGGCCUGCAUGUUCGACGCCCAGACCGCCAGCAUGAUCUGCCUGAACGGCCAGGUGCUCAAGCGCGAGUCCAUCCACAACAGCAGCAACGCUCGCUUCCUCAUGGACUCGAUGUUCGACUUCGCCGAGCGCGUCAACUCGCUCCGGCUCUCGGACGCCGAGCUCGGGCUCUUCUGCUCGGUCGUCGUGAUCGCGGCCGACAGGCCCGGACUCCGCAACACCGAGCUCGUCGAGCGCAUGCACAACAAGCUGCGCAGCGCCCUCCAGACCGUCCUCGCCCAGAACCACCCGCAGCACCCGGACAUUCUGCGCGAGCUCCUCAAGAAAAUACCCGACCUGAGGACCCUCAACACUCUCCACUCCGAGAAGCUCCUCGCAUUCAAGAUGACCGAGCAGCAGCAGCAGCUGCAGGCUCAGCAGCAGGCCCAGCAACAGGCCCAGCAACAGCAGCAACAUCACUGGCCCAUGGACUGCGACGAGCCCGUCGGCUCCUGGGGAUCGGCCUCGGACGUCGCCCUCGACGAGGCCGUCAAGAGUCCCCUCGGCUCGGUCUCCAGCACCGAGAGCACCUGCAGCGGCGAAGUCGCCAGCCUGACCGAGUACCAGCAGCACGUGGUCGCCAGCGGACACCACGCAUCGAGCGCUCCCCUGCUCGCGGCAACGCUCGCCGGCGGGCUCUGCCCCCACCGCAGAAGAGCCAACUCCGGCAGCACGAGCUCCGGAGACGACGAGCUCCACCGCGCCAGCCUGGCCAAGACGCCCCAGCCGCCUCAAUGCCCGCGCUUCCGCAAGCUCGACUCGCCGAGCGACAGCGGCAUCGAGUCCGGCACCGAGAAGCCCGACAAGCCCGCUAGCAGCAGCACCAGCAGUGCACCCACCAGCGUCUGCUCGAGCCCCAGGUCCGCCGAGGACAAGGAGGUCGAAGACAUGCCCGUGCUCAAGCGCGUCCUCCAGGCGCCGCCGCUCUACGACACCAACUCCCUCAUGGACGAGGCGUACAAGCCGCACAAGAAGUUCCGCGCGCUGCGGCAGAAGGACAGCGCCGAAGCCGAGCCCGCCGUCGUCAGCGUGCAACACAGCCAGUCUCAGCUGCACCUCCACCUCACCUCGCCCCCGGCCAGGAGCCCGGUCCAGCAGCAGCACCACCAGCAGCCGCAUCAGCCACAGCAGCCUCAGCAGCAGCAACCCAGUCAGCCGCAGCAUUCGACGCUGCAGUCGGCCCUGCAGAGCCAGUGCCCACAAACGGCCAGCCUGCUGAGCAGUACGCACUCGACGCUCGCCAAGAGCCUGAUGGAGAGCCCGCGAAUGACGGCCGAGCAGCUCAAGCGCACCGACAUCAUCCACAACUACAUCAUGCGCGGCGAGGCCAGCCUCUCGCCGAGGUCCUCGCCCGCCUCGGCCUGCUCGCCCUCUCCCGCUGAGCAGUGCGCCUCCACCACGACCAUAACCGCCCGUUCGUCGCCCAUCCACCACCAGCAACAGCAGCAGCAACAUCAUCAGGGCCUUCUGCAGUGCGCCUCGCAGUCGAGCUACGCGCAGCAGAGGUGGCCGACGUCGGUCAUCACGACGACGACGGGGGCGAGACAACAACAGCAACAGCACCAGCAGCAGUCUUCCCCGGACUACCUGGCGGCGUCGCCCUCGAGCUCGCCGAGGUACCUCUCGGCCGCGGCGACGAGUAGCACGAGCACGAGUCCCAGGCCCACCUCGAGCGGCAGCGCUCACCUCGUGCUCCCGAGCAACAUGGUCGAGCUGCAGGUCGACAUCGCCGACAGCCAGCAGCCGCUGAACCUCUCGAAGAAGUCGCCGUCCCCCUCGCCCAGGCCGCUCAUGCCCCAGGGCUCAACGUGCAAGGCCCUCUCGCUCGAGGCGUAGUGCCGUCGUCGCGAUCCUCCAAGAGAUCGUCUGACCCACCUAGAAGAGGCUCGCCGGCCCUCGUCCAGCCUCGCGAACGAACGCGUCGAGGGGGGCGGCAGCCGCCGUGGAUGAAGACACAAGCAAACAAACACACAUAUAUCUCCACAUAUAUGAUUAAAGUGCCAGGACGCUCUGAGCGCGUUAUACAAACCAAAUAAUUUAUUAUUUAAACGGAAGAGGAGAGGAAGAAAGCUACUGCUUCUUCGACGAGGGACGAGCUGAGCGGAUGAGAGGAGAUGGGCGCCCCCGUGUCGCCGCCGAGAGCGGAUCGAGAGGAGCGGUCGUUGAAAACGGCGAGAAGCUAGCUCGCCUCGGCGGGACAGAGGACGGGAUGUAUCAGUGCAAAAUUACACGAGUCGGACGCUAUCGCGAUAUUAAAAGUGCCGACGUGACGAAAAGGGGACGCGGGAGGAAAGAGUGUGUUUUCUGUUCUCUCCGGGAGUCCACCUUUGGAGGAGGAGGAAAAAUUAGUAAUAACGAGCCCAUCCAUCCAACCUACUACUACUACUACCCCCAUCUCAGACCCGGUCGAGCGUCGUCCGAAGGAGCGGAAGAAGAGGAGGCUCUCGAGCGGAAGCCUCCGCAUCGAAGGCGAAGACAAGAGAGAGAGAAAGAGUAAUGAAUUUUAAGCGUUACUGAAAAAUAAAAAGGUUAAUAAUCUAUUACAUGUGAUAAUCAUGGAAAUCGCGCAUCCUGUACAGUCUCCACCUCAUUCAUCGAUCAUCUACUCUACUAUAAUUAUUGAAUUUUAUGCAAGUAAUUAUGAUUAUUGUAAUAUCUCCUAAGGCAUAGUGUAUAAUCGUAUAAUGAAAAAUGAUUAUAUCAUCUUGCAUGUGCGCGCGAUGUACGUAUGCGGUGAAGAAAAAAAAGAAGAAGAUAUUUCUCAGUGUGCCUGUGUCAAUGACCGAGUGACUGAGAGCGCGUGUAUAUAUUAAGUGUGAAUCGAGUUAAAUAUAUAUAUUAUAUAUAUAUAGUAUAAUCGGAGGAAAAGUCCGAGGCUAUAUCGACGAGUGCGAAAAUUAUUAAUGAACCCAAAGGGUUCCUGCGUGCGGUUAUAUGCGAGAGCGCAAGUGAGUGUGUCGGGGCAAUCGGACAAACACAGCAAGCAAAAUGAAAAAAAAAACAAUCCAAAAUUCGCGACAUGAAGUUUUGUCAAAUGAGACUGAACGGCCCACCGCGGCGGCCCCUUCUUUCCCUCCUAAUCACCCCUAAACAUGCCCACACUCGUAUCCAUCUACUAUGUAACCAUCCCUCCUUCACCUGCCAUUCCUUACCCAACCCAUCCUCCCUUCUCUCUUCUCACCCUAGUUGAAGACACACACGAAACCGAAUUCGCGAAGGCAAAAUAUUACGAUGAUGAUUAUAACGCGUGAACCACAUUCGAAUCAAUCUGUAUAAUACGAUUGUAUAAGCGGAGGAAAACUAAUAUGAGAGACAGCAGAAAAAAUAAACCAAGCAAAGUGUCUACAAAAAAUAGCUCAUUAGGAAUCUUCGUAGACGUAAAUGUUAAAAUACACGGAGUAUAAUUAUGUGUCGUGCGUAUGCAUGCAUGUGAGCGAGAGAAAAGCCGAGAGCAGCAGAGAAGGAAGUUAUACAAAAAGACGCGUAAGGAGUUUACUUGUAAAUAGUAGUCUCGAUAAGGCUAGCUCUUAACAAAAAUAAGAUGAAAAAAAAAACAAUUACAAACCUUAUAGGCGCGUGACUUUUGCGAGCUACGACGACUUAUCCUGUCAAUAUAACUCCUCGAAGAACCCGGGGCGCGAUCCUUUGCUGUCCGCUCAGAAGAGAAACGAGAGACCAUCUGAUCAUUGUGCGCGAUUUUUCUUAGCCAAAUGUAAGAAUUACGCUCUCCUUUCUUUCUGCGACGAUUCUUUCCCAAGUUCAAUAACAGAACGAGUACACAUGCACACGCACAUACGCUCAUCAAGCAAAGUAAUAGGACUCUGUUUCCUCUGAAAGCCCACAGCAAAAAAUGAAACUUGUACCCCACCUUUUCCCCCGAACGCUAAUGUACUAUUUGCUCCUCGAUGUAUUUAUUGUACUUGGAGUCAUUCCUGUGUAUAUCCCUAAAGGUUUGAAGUUAAUUAAAGGAAAACGCGAUUUGAUUGUAAAGUGCAAGAGCGAGUGUGUAUGUGUGUGUGUGUGAGAGAGAGAGAGAGAGAGAGAGAGAGAGAGAGAGAGAGAGAGAGAGAGAGAGAGAGAGCGCGAGAGAGAUGCGAGAAAAAGAAAUUGUAACGAGAAUGAGCGAAGCGAAGCCUAGAAACCUGUGCAUUAUUAUAUAAAGUGUCCCCCUUUGUACCUUUCGAAAGAAAAGAAAAAUAAAUCCUGUGUUUCUCGUAAUCCGAAAAAAUGCCUCUAUUGCUCUUUUGAUUAUAUUACCCUCUGUUUCACAACAAACACACAGCAGCCUAUCCUUUCCGCUGAUCCACAAGCACGAUGAUCCUGCCCCGUUGUUUAUCCCACCUUGUUCCCUUUGCAGUAUACCCAUGUCUGUGCAGGAAACUAGCGUUGAUAAAAAUCCUCGUAUACUGUUAUGCAUAAACUACACAUAAUAAUAAUUAUAGUAAACGAUACAUAAAGUAUGAUAUAUUUCUCUAUCCAUUAAGGAGGAAGACUACAAAAUACAGAUGAAAGAAAAAAAUGAAUGCGCGCGAGCGUAUAAAACUUACACGCAUAUACAUAUUACACACACAAACUUGGAGUAUAAAAAAAAAAGAAUUAUGAGAAAAAAUAUACUCAAUCCACGAUGAUAAAUGAGAGAGAAAAAAAUAUUACACGCAUAAACAUUGUAAACAAUUUUGAAAACACGUACAAUUGUUGUUUUCUUGGCGAAGAAUGAGAGGCAAAAGUAAAAGAAAAAAAAAUGAAAACGAGGUAUACUCCACGCAAUUAUACAAAGCAGCCCCGCAUAUUGCCCAGUGAGCACGUCAUUUUGUACGCUUGGGAGUUGUGAGGUCGUCUGAAUAAAUAUGUCUGGUGAAUUAUAAAA